AUGAUACGAUUUGAGGCUGAAGUUGAGUUCGAUAAACGUUUUGAAUAUAUCGAACCGUAUGGGGAAAACGUACUCGUCACAACGAUAACCAGAUAUUUCUCAAGAUUCAUCAGACCUUUCACGAGCUUACGAUUAUUUUUGAGGACGCUACUGUCGUUCAUGCCAAUUUUACGCUGGCUUCCCAGGUACGACAUCAAAAGCAAUUUACUUCGAGACGCUGUUGGAGGGUUCAUGGUCGGUGUUAUGCAUGUACCACAAGGCAUAGCCUACGCCUUUCUUGCUGGUGUCUAUCCUGUGAACGGUCUUUACACAUCAUUCUUUCCCGUGCUCACUUAUAUGCUCUUCGGAAAUUCUCGUCAUAAUUCGAUCGGCUCUUUUGCGGUUGUAGCUUUAAUGUCCGGAAAAACGGUUCAUCGACUAGCUUACGAUACUGAAAACAUGGAUGUGUCGAUAGCAAAUGCAUCCACAUCAAUUGAACAUAGUUUCCAUCCAGUUGAAGUGGCUUCUGCUCUCACUUUGGCAAUCGGAUUUGUUCAGCUUUCCAUUGCCAUCCUUGGACUUGAUUUCCUCACCGUAUAUUUCUCUGAUCAAAUCGUAGCCGGCUUUACUACGGGAGCUGCUGUGCAUGUAUUUGUUACUCAACUCAAAGAUAUAACAGGGAUUUAUGGUACUCCAAGACGAACAGGUAUCGGAAAUGCGAUUUUGGUACGUGGUAGGUUUUACUGUGUAGCAUGGAUGAUCACAUCUUUUUCAUAA